UUUGUUGUUUCAGAUUCAAAUACUGUUUGUUCGAGAUUAAAAGUGAUCAUAAUGUUAUAAAUAAUAAAGUGCAAUGAAAUCUUUAUAUAUAUUUGUCUUGUUCGUCUGUUGUUCAUCUUCCCAUGGUCAAAUAGUUUGCAAUCCUGGUAGUUACUUGUUGGCAAAUACAACGUGUGCUGAAUGUACAACCGGAUAUUAUUGUACUGGAGGUGCUGGGUCGGCCAAACAAUCUUGCUCAUCGGGUAGCUACAACGACCAAACCAACCAAUCAGAUACUUCGGCUUGUAUUUUGUGUCACGCUGGGACAUUUAGUGCAACCCCCGGCGCCGAAUCGUGCACCCCGUGCACUGCAGGGACAUUCUGUGUGCAAGGAAGUUCUACUGAGGUGCCGUGUUCCCUCGGGCAAUAUUCGACGUCAAGGAGCGCUUCGUGCACUUUAUGUCCAGCUGGGUACUCAUGUGCAGACCCAGCCCAACCCCCACAACCUUGCACUAAUGGAAACUGGAGCCCAGCAGGCCGAACAAUAUGUGUGGACUGCCCAGCUGGAAGUGAAUGUCCAACACGGGACUCCACAACAUUAUGUCCUGUUGGUACUUCCAGUGCAUCGGGUGUGGAGGAUUGCACGACCUGCCAACCUGGAUAUUAUGCUUCAUCUCAAGGCCAACCAGUGUGUACCCCAUGCCCUGCAGGUUCAUCAUGUUCCAACCCAAGCCUCCCCCCAAUUCAAUGCGGUCCAGGUUACAUAUCAUCAGAGAAUGCAACCUCGUGCACAUUGUGUCCGCUCGACAGAAUAUCAUCUGUUGACCAUCAAUCGUGUCUAGAGUGCCCAGCUGGGUACGAGUGCUCAGAUCCAACGUUUGGUGAGAUAGCUUGUGUUGGUGGCACUUACUCAUUAGCUGGUAACGCAACUUGCACACAAUGCCCGGCGGGCUUUUCGUGCUUGUCGACGGCCCUCCCCCCAGAUCCAUGUCCUUCAAACGAAUAUUCACCUGCGGGCCAAACAUCGUGCACGUUGUGCGCAGCGGGCUUCUCGUGCUCCACCACAAGCACAACAAUUUGCGCACAAGGAACAUACAGUGCACUUGGAGAUUCCACCUGCCAAAGUUGCCCUGCUGGUUCUCGUUGUCCAGCUGGAUCUUCAACUCCAAUCAAGUGUGGAUCAGGUUCAUACAGUGCACCAGGUGCACAUGAAUGCACGUCGUGCCUCCCGGGCCAUUACUGCCCAACCAGUGCCCAACAACUAGCGUGCGCGAGUGGAACGUAUAGCUCUGGUGGUCUCACAACAUGUCUACCAUGUGCUUUAGGAUCUACAUGCAUAUCUACUGCAUCUAUCAGUGGAAGUAGCAACUGUACAUUAGGUCAAUAUUAUGAUUCAACUACAUUAAGUUGUGUGGAUUGUCCAGCUGGUUCAUAUUGUCCAAGUCCUGAUCUACCAGCACAAGCAUGCACCCCUGGUAUGUAUAAUACACAUAUAUG